AUGACAGACAGAGGCAACGCGGAACUCCCCGUGGCAUUCUUCAGAGCCGAGCAUGUGGAACUCAACGUGCAUGCCGCUGCAGAUCUUGUCCGGUGGCGCGGAGAAGAGAUCCAGGGCCCGUGUGAGGGGAUCGUAGACAGCCAUUUGCUUGAUUCCCCAGUUGACGAGAACGACAUAUCCGUCGCGGCAGUCUUCCAUUGCCCACUCGCGAUCGGCGUCCUUAUCGUCUUCGGGGAGCAGGGUAAGGAAGACAUCGGCGCCGCGGAUGGCGGCGGCGUGGUCCACGUCGGAGAGGCGGCGGGUGGGCGCAAAGGCUGGCAAGGCGGGGUCGUGGAUGCUGAGGAAGAUUCCUAG